GCCGGCCAGAGGGGCCGUGCCGCUGCCGCCAUCAUGUACCACAGCAGCACUCAGCGCCGGCACUGGACUUUCCGCGGCGAGGAGGAGCUGACGAAGUGCCGGGCCGAAGCAAACCGCAAGUUCCGCGGCAAAGUGACGGCGAGUGGGAAGGUCCAGCCCACCGACCCUGUUCUUUUGGAGCCUCAUGAGGAGCUGGCGAUAUGCAAGCACUACGAAAAGCGGUUGCUGGACUUCUGCACCGUCUUCAAACCUGCCAUGCCGAAAUCCGUGGUGGGAACAGCUUGCAUGUAUUUCAAGCGCUUUUACCUUAACAACUCGGUGAUGGAGUAUCAUCCUCGGAUAAUAAUGUUAACGUGUGCAUUUUUAGCCUGCAAAGUAGAUGAAUUUAACGUGUCCAGUGCACAGUUUGUUAGCAACCUUCGAGAAAGCCCUGUUGGACAGGAAAAAGCUCUUGAACAGAUACUGGAGUAUGAACUACUGCUUAUUCAGCAACUGAACUUUCAUCUAAUUGUCCACAAUCCAUACAGGCCGUUUGAGGGAUUUCUGAUUGAUCUCAAGACUCGUUAUCCGAUGCUGGAGAAUCCUGAAGUUUUGAGAAAAUCUGCUGAUGACUUCCUCAAUCGAGUGGCUCUGACAGAUGCGUAUCUGCUCUUUGCUCCAUCACAGAUAGCUCUCACUGCCAUAUUAUCUAGUGGUUCAAGAGCAGGAAUUAAUAUGGAAAGUUAUUUAUCAGAAAGUCUUGCGCUGAAAGAAGAAAAAACAUCCUUAGCCAGUCUACUGGAGAACAUGAAAUGCAUGAAAAAUCUCAUAAAGAAAUAUGAACUGCCAAGACCUGAAGAGGUUGCUGCUCUGAAGCAGAAACUGGAGAAGUGUCACAGCUUGGAGCUUUCACUUAAUACAAAUCCGAAGAAGAGGAAGGGCUAUGAAGAUGAUGAUUAUGUCUCAAAGAAAUCUAAAAUGGAUGAGAGUUGCAACAAACCACAGAACAGCCAUGGAAUAACAUCACAUGCAGGAAGGAAGAGUGGUCUGAUGAUGAUCUUAUGGACUCGAUGUAAUCUUGAAGGAAGAUGGAAUCCUACCACUGCAGGAAUUGCUCUUCAGUGUCAAGUCUGAGCCUGUUGGCCACAGGUUCCUUACUGUGUCACGAGCACAGGGCCACUGUCUUCAAGAAGACCUAGAGGAUGUGCACUAAUGCUGUUACAAAAGGCGAUGCUGAAACACCCUCUGACGCCACCAUAUAUUUUAACUUUAAGAUCUACUUUCUCACCUUGUGAGUGAUGUACAGAUUAAGCCACAGGGACAAGGUAAAGCUGUUCUGAGGAUUCAUGCUAUAAAAAUGACACUGUGUGAAUAUGCAUGUGUAACAAAUCUCCACAGCAGCCAGCUAGCCCUUUUCCAGCCAGAGCUGAUUGCAGCUUGAUUUAUUUUAAAAACUUAACCGUUCCUUAUAAAAAAUAUUUUGGCUAGAUUUACAGUACAGAUAAGACAAACCAAUACAUAUUUUAUAAAAUGGUUUAAUGAAUGCAUGCAUGUCUGAUACAAUGAUCAAUAAAUUUAAUGAAUUGAAAUUAUUUACUGUUGUAAACAUUUUACAAAGCAUUGUGAUUUAUCUGAAUAUACGGUUCUUGACAGAAGAACUCUUUCUGCCUGAAUCAGUGGCCCGUCAAAACAAAAAACAAACAAACAAAAAAAUAAAGCUGAAAA